AUGCCUUCAGAAAAGGAGCUCCAGAUCUCUCCCAUCGUGCAGGAGUCGGUGAUGCACAACACCAAGACCCUGUCCAACCUGCAGACCCUCACAGCCUCUCUUUUCGGCGUCGCCGCCGGCAUCCUCGGCCUCGAGUCCUACAGCGGCUUUCUAUUCUACAUCAUCUUCUCCCUUCUCACCGCCGCCCUCUUCUACACGCUGCGCGUCGCGCCCACAUCAUUACCGGCCGGCAAGGCGCCGCUUGAUACGAGCAGAUACUUCCGCGGUCCCUUUGAGUUCUGGACAGGCGGUCUGUUCAAUGGACUGGCGGGCUUCAUCCUAACUUGGACGCUGUUCUAUGGUCUGGUGCGGGCAUGA